UUCAGAAAACUCUACAAUUAUUCUGUGAUUUGUUUUGUCGGGUUGUUUUGUUGUUUUAGCGUAAAUCGGGUGGUUUGCUGCUGGUUUUGUCUGACCACCGUGUCCACUGUAGCCUACGAACCAGACCAGACCCGACGGCAUCAUGAAGCUGUACAGCCUCAGCGUCAUCUAUAAAGGAUCCACCAAAGCCAACCUCCUGAAAGCGGCCUAUGAUCUGUCAUCCUUCAACUUCUUCCAGCGCUCCAGUGUUCAAGAAUUCAUGACUUUUACCAGUGCCUUGAUUGUCGAGAGAACAUCUCAAGGAACCUGUGCCUCUGUCAAAGAACAAGAGUAUCUGUGCCACGUGUAUGUGAGAAACGACAACCUGAGUGGUGUGGUGAUUGCAGACAAUGAUUACCCACAGAGGGUCUGUUUCACGUUGCUCGACAAGGUGUUGGAGGAGUUUUCCAGACAAGUAGACAGCAUCGACUGGCCCACUGCUAAUCCUGAAACUGUAAACUACAAAGCAUUGGAUAUUCAUCUUUCAAAAUACCAGAACCCCAGAGAAGCAGAUGCAAUGACCAAAGUGCAGGCGGAGCUGGAUGAAACAAAGAUCAUUCUGCACAACACUAUGGAAAGUCUAUUGGAAAGAGGGGAGAAACUGGAYGAUCUUGUGGCAAAGUCGGAGCAUCUGGGAAACCAGUCCAAAACCUUCUACAAAACCGCACGGAAACAGAACUCAUGCUGUGAAAUCAUGUGAUGCCGCUGCCUCGUCCACGUGGGCACAACUCUCUGCCUUUCUGCUUUUCCUGCAACCCCCCAUCAUUCACCAGCCGUCAGCUCUCUACAGGGACGCUGUUUAAAUCGAGGCGGGGGCGCCGGGGUGGAAGAGCGGGACGGGGUGGCCAGUUUGAGCGUGACUUUUAAACCGUGACUGAUGGGGGCUGAAGGAGUGACGGGGGGUUCGAUCAGGGGAAAAUAUAACCAUAUUAAAUCUUUCUUUACCUUUCAGAAGGUGACCAUCAGUGUGGUGAAUAUUACAAGCUGAGGACAUUAUAAUGUGACGUUGUGUACUGGUGAUGUGUCGUCAAAACGUCUUGAAAACCGAAACAUAAUAGCUUGAUCUCUUAAAAUGAUUGGAAGAGUAUUAACCACACUAGUGCUUUUUUUUUGCUCUGAGGCAACUCUGACAAUCUCACAACCUUUGUGUGUUCUCGUCGUGCAGCAAAAAUAACCUUUCAGAGCUGGCUUUCCUGUUGGUGUGACCUUGUAUGCCCACUAGGUGGAUCUGUUUAUUUACGUCACGGUUCUAAUGGGCCUCAGUGUUGAGCUCAGUGUACUACGGUAAAUGAAACAAAACUGCAACUGGUUACACUAAAUAUCCAAAUUUCCCUGAAUUUUACAAUAACUUUUAAAACAUUUGCGCUUUACUGUAUUUAGUUGUACCUGCCCCCUUUUUUAUUUUUUAUUUUUUGUCUGAUAAUGUUAAAUUAACUCUUCAACAUUCCUGUUUUGGAUGAGGUGUGAAAAUCUGUUCAGAAGUGGAAACUUUGUUGUAAAAUGUUUAGAAAUCUGCCUCCUGGUUUAAUUUAAUCUCAUGACUUUAACCAUCUGAUACCAACAUUUAAAAAAACAGGGUGUUGCUUUUCUCAGUUUGUUCUGCACCUCUAGAUCCCAGCUUCACCUCAUCAUUUACCACCUUUUCUUCAUGACGAAAGGUGAUUCUGUGAUGUUCGGGUGCUGCUGCUUCUGGCCUCUUAUCGUGUGCCAGUAAGGUUUUUCUUAAAAUGGGUGUAAUAUGCACGUCUCUUAAAGUAACUCCACAGUCGACACUUUCUCCUCCGUAACGAGCAUUGUUUGCUUCCCAUUUAUAUCCGACUGGGUAGAAACUGAUUUGUAGACKUUUCUGAUGAUUCUAAGAUGAAGCGAUGCCUUUGGUUGUGCAUUUUAGAUGUUUCUCUGCUCUUUCUGAUGCGUGUGUUUGUGUGUGUGUGUGUGUACUGCUGAUACAGCCUCCAGCUGCAGGCUGUGUUGAUACUGAGUGCCUGUGUGUAUGUUGAGAAGACUGUUCGUGCUCUCUGCUUUUUACUGUGUAAACGUUGGUGCAAUAUCUGCAGCCUGUCGGUGUGUGUUUCUUUCAACUAAAGAAGRAAAACAAUGUUUCUCAUAAAGAACAGUUAAUUAAACUUUGUAUCUUCUUUUCUUUUUAACUAACUCCAACAUACAUUUUGUCCUGGGUUGUUUUUCAGAUGUUUGGAUCUUGGAUCACCUGUCAAUUGUUUUUGAAAUUGUAGCAAUUUGCAGGUCUGAUCUCAGUAACUGGUAGUAAGCAUUAAAUAGUUUAACUCAUUCAA